GAGCCCACAAAGCCCCAGAAUACAAGUACACACACUCCACAGUUCCGAGACAAAACCCUCUUUCCUUUUCCAUUUCCAUUUCCUCCCCUCCUAAUCUCCACCCCACAACAAAAACUUGCAAAUUUUUCCAUUACCCCAAACCAACCAAAACCAUGCUCCACGAAUCUGUAACAUCCUCACCCACAUUCUGGUCUGCCAUCUACAGCUGGCUCACCCCCACCGUCUUCUUCAUCGUCCUCAACCUCGUCAUCGCCACCAUUUACAUCACUUCAUCUCUCACCAACAACCACAAACACCACCACCAACAAGAACAUGAACAGAACCACCACCAUCAAGGUGCAAACCCAUACCAACACACAUACCAACACCCACAACUUGUUAGAUCCCCUUCUGUGUUGCAGAGGCUCAAAUCCAUCAAUUUCUACUCUUACCCUUUCAGAUCCCAAGACCCUUCUCACCCUCAAACCCAUGAACAUGAAGAACAACACAUCAAUCUAGCUAGAUCUCCUUCUAUUUUGCAGAGGAUCAAGUCCAUCAACCUCUACAGUUACAUCCCCACAGAGCCUUUCUCUUCCAAAAUCUCACCGGAAACCAACGUUUUCACCACCCAUGAAGUUGACAGAACAGAGGAUCUACGACACGUGGCAGUGUCGGAAGAGGAGGACGAGGAAGAAGAAGUAGAAGAGAACGACGACGUGCUGGGGCACCUGAAUGGGCACCACGAGGAGCUUGGUGGUGGUGGUGGUGGUUCUUCCAUGGAUGAGAUUUACAGAAAGCUGCAGAAGCAGGGGCAAGGAGGUAAUUUCACGAGGACGAGCUCCGACACGAAGCCGGCGUCCGGCGAGGUUCCGGUGAAGCUGUCGAGGAAGAUGAAGAAGUCGGCGAGCAGCAAGUCUGCGUUCGGGCAUUUCAAGGAGGAGGACAUCGUGGAGAGCCGCCGGCCGGCGACCGCGAGAGAGGCCAAGCCGGCCUCCGCCGCGGAUGACGACGACGGCGUGGAUGCGAAGGCGGACGAUUUCAUCAACAAGUUCAAGCAGCAGCUCCAGUUACAGAGGCUGGAUUCCAUCAUUAGGUACAAGGACAUGAUUGGAAGGGGAGCAGGGUAUGGGAAGUAAUUAAUUAAAAAGCCAUAAUCAAUUAAUCUUAAUCAUAAUAAUUAUAAUUAUAAUUAUAAUUAUGAUUAUGAUAUAAUAGUAGUUAUUGCAUUGCAUUGCAUUUUGGGGUUACUAGUAUAAUUUUUUGUUGUUGUUAAUUUAGGGGUUCUGCUUAUUGUCCUUUUUGUAAAAUUAGUAGCUUUUUCUUUUUUAAUCUUUUUCUUGUAUAAGUGAUUUUGUGAAAGUGGAGUGCUGAGCUUGCUGGGUUCACUUCAGCCUCUGCUAGUGGAUGUUGGAAGUACUUACUUUAUGUUAAUGACCUGUUUUUGUUCCUA